AAUGUACGUGCAACAAUGCUCAACAACGAUGAUUCAACUUCUGAAUUCACUGAACACACACAUUUAUUGCAUAAAGCAAGCUUGAAACUCGCCUAUACUAUAGUCCUUGCAAGUCCCCUAUCAUUAAAUACUGCCUCCUCGAAUAGCCAUAAUGAUCAUAAUACACAUUUUUUUCCUUUCAACUUUAAAUCCUACCCAAUUUAUGUCAUACCCACUUCGAGGCUUCAAGUGCUAGCUAGCUUGCAACGGACAAGGAAACUCACUCUUGAAGGAUGGGAAGGAAACCAUGUUGUGACAAGAUGGGGUUGAAGAAAGGUCCUUGGACUGCUGAAGAGGAUGAGAUUCUUGUAAAUUAUAUCAACAAGAAUGGUGGUCAUGGAAGUUGGCGUUCUCUCCCCAAUUUAGCAGGUCUUCUUCGUUGUGGUAAGAGUUGCCGGUUAAGAUGGACAAACUACCUCAGACCAGAUAUUAAACGUGGUUCCUUUACACUUGAGGAUGAAAAACUAAUCAUACAGCUUCAUGGUAUCCUUGGAAAUAGGUGGGCUGCUAUAGCCUCUCAGCUACCAGGAAGAACAGACAAUGAGAUAAAAAACUUAUGGAACACCCACUUGAAGAAACGUCUCAUUUGCAUGGGCCUUGACCCACAAACCCACCAACCACUAGCCUCUCCACAUAACCCUAAUGACAAGGCUCAUGCAUCAUCAUCCACUUCAACCCGCCACAUGGCCCAGUGGGAGAGUGCAAGGCUUGAAGCAGAGGCAAGGCUCUCAAGGGAACCACACUUAUACAACAACAACAACAAAACUGACUCUGACUACUUCCUACGAAUUUGGAACUCUGAUCUUGGAGAAUCUUUUCGUGAUGUCCACAAAUUAGAAUCUUCAAUCAAAUGUGAGUCACAGUCUGCCACAACGGAUUUGGCUUCCUUAACCCCAGCAAGCAUUGUGAAAGAGGAGUUUCUGUGGGGUGUUAAGAAAAUUGUCUCGGAUUCAUCAUCAAGCUCUAGUGAACUACACCAUGACUCUUGUGACACUUCUUUGCAGCUCUUGUUAGACUUUCCUAUGAACAAUGACAUGAGCUUCUUAGAAUUAUGAGACACCAACAGCCCCUUCCUUACCCUUAAUUAGUGCAUGUAUGAUGUUGUUGAUAUGCUGACAUGUAGCUUUUUGUUGGCUAUUUUGUAGACUUAUAGCAUGUUAGGAUAAUUAACUAUCAUAAUUGAUUUUGGAAGGAAAUUAUGCUGAAAAUUGAAAAAAGUGAAAGCAACUAUUUGUUGCUUGGACUUUCAAUGAGAAUUUGGAAUUGAU